CAAAAAACGGGUUAGUUAGCAGACACUCUCACUUCACCUCCCACCCUGGCCAUGAGCGUCAUCGCUUUGCGCUACUUGCGUUCCCGCAAUGCCACCGGGAACACGUUGCUGUCGAGCACGGAGCAGCUCACAGACGUGUCCAACACGCAAUACUUGGGCAAAAUCAGCGUUGGCACGCCCGGGCAGAGCCUCGAGGUCAAUCCUGUGGCAGAACCUCUUCGACAGGGUGAUCUUCGACACGGGCUCCUCGGACCUCUGGCUGCGUGGCGACGUCUUCGCAGCGGCGGACUCCAGCAGCUUCGUGGAUUUGGAGGCGGAGGCGUCGGUGGUCUACGGUGGACAGGUGCCCUUGCAAGGGAAACUCGUCCAGGAGACGAUCACACUAUGCGAUGCGAGGUGUUCUUCCCAGUCAAUGUUGCUGGUGCCUGCUGGCUCCAUGCCUAGCGUGGUGGCUGAUGGAGUGCUGGGCUUGGCGAUGCCUGGCUUGAGCCACACAGGAAUGACCUUCCUGCAGCACCUUGAAGGGCAAGGGAUAGACCGCUUCGCUUUCGCCCUUUCUGGUCCCGAUGCUGAAUCCUUCUUCAUCCUGGGCAUGCCAGGAACGGAUUGGUAUCAGACGUCCUCCUUACGAUGGACUCCUUCCAGCUCUCCGGACCGUUGGUGGUCCUUUCAGGGGGAGCUGGUGGUGAAGAAGCACGCCAUUCUCAGUGGGGAGUUCUUGUUGGAUUCGGGCACCUCCUUCAUUGCCGUCUCCUCAUCCAUGCAAGAGCGCUUGCUGCGACGGAUGCUGCCGGAGGCUUCUGAGAGAUGUUACCUGAACUCCGGAAAUCUCUUCAUGUGCCCCUGCGACGUCGGCCCUCAGAUGCACCACGUGGGUGUGCUGGUGGAGGGGGAGAUCUUUGAAAUGACGUCUUCGAGUUUAUUGACUCCAUCGGAUGAUUUCUGGUGUGUUUUGGAAGUCCAACAGUUGCCCGAAGGCUUACCGGUGAUCCUGGGCGACACCUUCCUCCGCAGCGUUUUGGCCAUUUUCGACGGCGGGAAGUUCGGCACCCCGAGGAUCGGCUUGGCUCGUCGGACGACUGGAUCUCUAAGUACCACGGAGAGGUGGAACCAGCCCCCGACCUUGCCCGAGUUCGUCCUUCUGUUCCUGGCCCUGGCAAUGGCCUUUCUGACCUUGACGUUUCGCUGCUGUCGCUCCGAGCGGCCUGUCAAGACGGAGAGUGUCUCCUCCGAGUAUCGUGCGCUGCGUGCGGCGUGAGGCACCAAAAUGAGAGCGCCGUUGAGAACGAUGAUCACCUGCAUCGUCCCAGCGGCCGACGUCCCCCAAACCCGGUGAACAGGACUCC